AUGUGGCCGGUUUCGCCAAAGCCCAAAGAGGCGGUGAGAAUUGAAAUUAUUUGUUUGGUUGUCGUCGCAGUCUGUGUCUUCAUCAUGGUAGUCAUCUGCAUCCGCCGCGGCAACCAAAAGGAACACAAUAUCAAGGUUGCUAUCAAUUCUAUUUCGACAUCACCCUUCCCUCCUCCAUCAGUCGAUAUUCAACGUGACGAUUGUGUUAUUUGUCUAGCAAAGAUUGUGACCGGUGAACAUGUCAAGAUUGCACAGCCAUGCGGGCAUCUGUUUCAUGCUGUAUGUAUUGACCGGUGGCUCCUAACUGAGUUUCGGUGCCUGAAUAUGUUAUCGUGUCCGACUUGCCGGCGAGCGCUAGUGUUGAAAAAACAAGUGGUGGCAACCUAG